AUGCAUGGUCGAGAUAGUAAAAUUUUGAGGGGACAUUUGUUGGAGGGCGGGGAAAGAGAGGAGACGGGGAGUAGAGAAGAAAGGGGUCGUUCUUUGGAAGGAGAGGAGAUGGGGGUUGAAGGAGAUGGGGAUAGGAGGAGGGUGAGUGACGAGGGAGAGAGGGGAGACAGGUUAUCAGGUGGAAUUUCCAGAGGGAAGGAAAGGAGGCGGUCUCCUGUAUUCCAAGAGGGGGGAAGGAGGCCGUUCCAGUCACCUCAGGAAGGGGAAAGGAGGAGUUUCCAGUCACCUCACGAAGAGGAUAGGAGGCUUGGAAGGGCGUGGAAUCCUGGAGAUUCAGGGGGAGGCGGGGUGUUUGAUCGAGGGCAAUGGGUGGGGCGGGGAGGAAGGGGCAGGGUAGAGAAGGAGGCAAGCAUGGGAGGGGGUUCAGGGCAACACGCAGGGAGGGAAGACAGGUGGAGGAUGAAGGGAAUGGAGGAGUGGGGUUAUAGCGGUAGUGGUAGUAGAGGCAGGGGAUUUGGACGGGGAGGGAGGGAUGGUGGUGUUAGUAAGAAUGAGCCGGCGUGGGAAGGCAGUUUGAUUGAAGGUACUACUGCCUUUCUCGAUGCUCCUCCUGGGUUCGGCCCUCCUGCUUUUAUUGCAGCUGCUUAUAAGAGGGCGUCAGGUGCAGAGGCCACACCACCAGAGGCAGGGGCAGGGAAGCUAGAAGGGGCAGCAGCAGCAGGUGUUGCGAGUGAACGUGGAGAAACAAUGUCGGGAGGGAAUAUUUGUGCAGCAGAGGGAGGAGGAGCACACAUGGGAAUAGAGAUGCAAGGAGGGACAAGUGGAGAGACGGGAGCAGGUAGGGGAGGAGCGAUGAGCGCAGGGGCGGGAGGAGAGGGGUAUGCGGUGGGGAUGGGUGCGGAGGAGUGCGAUGCGUGGUGCCUCUUGGAUGAGGCGCUGGGAGCCACAAGUGGGCCUUUUCCCUUCAGUCACGUUCAGCAGCAGUUUGCAGCAGGGGAGCUGCCGGAUCAUAUCCUGGCCUACCCGGAAGGCUCGGAUGCCGAGCCUAUCCCCCUGGCUCAGGUGCUGAAAGGGGAAGCUUCCGUGCUGCUUCACUUUGGAGUGUCCCUUCCCUCAGACUCCUUGCUUCCAGCAUCUCAGCAGCAACAGCCAGCAGUACGGCAGCAGGAAUUUGAGCAGCAGCAACAGCCGCAACAGCCAGAGCAGCAGAUGAUGAUGUCUAUUGUUUCUCGGGCAGGGACAGGAUUAGGAGCAAGAUCAGGACGAGAAGGACAAGCAGGGAGGGACGAUUUGAUUGCACAUCCUGCUGUCGUUGCUUCUGUUUCUGCUCCUGCUGCUGUUACCAGCACAAAUGUCGCUGUUGGAGAUGCAGUGAUCACCGGGGGUACAGGGGAGGACGGAAGAGGGGAGGAAGGCCAGAGGGAGGAUCUGAAGGAAAAGGAGGAGGAAGAGAGUGGGUUGUUUUGGACGUAUCUGGGGGAAGACAAAGCACCCAAGGGGCCAUUCUCCAUUGUGAUGCUGCGAUGGUGGCUGCAGUGUGGGCAUCUCAUGCCCACCCUCAUGCCUCUUGUCCCUCCUCCCCAGUUAUUUGAGGUCCCUGCUCCUUUUUCCCAACCUCCUUUUCUUCCUCCUCUCCAUCCGCUCCCGUCAUCCCUCCCCGUGCCGCGUCCCCCUCCUCUUCCGCACUCCCCUCCUCCUGCUCUCCCUCACUCCCCGCCUCACCACCUUUACUCACCCCCUCCCAUCCUCCCGCACUCCCCUCCACCGCUCUCCUCCGCGUUAAACCUACUGCAGUCCACAUCCCGAGGGUCAGAGUGGGGUAGGAGGGUUGCUGCUUUGGCAGAAGCCACCACUGCUAGACUGGUUGCCUCAGAGGGUCGAAGGUACAAGAAGCGCGAGGAAGAGCAAGCGCAAGAGAAAGAGCAGGAGAAAGGGCAAGAGGGUCAGCAUGAGCAGAGGGAACAGCAGCAGUUGCAGCAGCAGCAGAAGCAGCAGAAGCAGCAGCAUCUGGGAGGGGCUGAGGCUGAUUUUGAGACGUCAGGGCCUCCUGGGUUUGAGACGUCUAGAGAUUCGGUACCUCCGGGUUUUCAGCUGAGGAGAACAGAUGGGGACGGGCAGGGAGAAGGAAGGGAGGAGAGGAGCGAGGAGGGGCGAGUGAGAUGUGAGGAAAGAGAGGGGAGAGAGAGCGUGGAUGAGACAAGGUAUGUGGAGGAGGGAGGAAAAGCGAUGGUGACGGAGCAAGAGAAGAGAGUAGACUUGGAGUUAGGCAGGGUUCAGGAUAGCAGAGGGCAGAGAGACAGGAGGGAGGAGCGGCGAGUGAGAUGUGAGGAAAGAGAGGGGAGAGAAAGUGUGGAUGAGGCAAGGAAUGUGGAGGAGGCAAGGUAUGUGGAGGAGGAGGAGGGAGGAAGCGAGAUGGUGACGGAGCAAGAGAAGAGAAUAGACUUGGAGUUAGGCAGGGUUCAGGAUAGCAGAGGGCAGAGAGACAGGAGGGAGGAGGAGAGGCAUGGAGCAAAAGGGAGUGGAAAGGAAGGGGAAGGGGAUGGAGGAGGAAGAAGGGAUAGAGGGAAGCGAGAAAGUGGAGGAAAUGGGGAUGAGGAAGGAGAGGAGGAGCGGAGGGACUUCAAGUCUGCUCGUUGUGAAUCUAAUGAGGUAGUUGGAAGGGCGACAGAAGCAAGGGGUGUGUGUGAGGGGAGUGGGAGUGAGAGUGGUGGGAAAAUGGAUAAAGCUAAGGCAGGAACAGGGGGAGUGAGUGUGCCUGCAGCAGGGGUGAUUGUGACGGGAGGAAUUCUGACAGGGUUGCAGCUAUUGAUGGGAGGUGGGAAGGCGCCAGGAGGGGGGAUAGGGGGUGGUGGGGCGAAGGAGGAAGCAGUCGAAGCAGGAGGAGGAGGAAAAGGGGGCGAACGAAAAGGGGAUGGAGGAAGAAAAGAGGUGGCGGGAGAAGGAGGAGGAGGAGAAGAAGCAGUAGGAGGAAGAAGAAAAGGAGGUGCGGAGGAGCAGAAGGGGAGUGUGGGGUUGAGGGCAGGGGAAGGGAGAGCAGACAGGAAUGGUGUGGGGAGUGUUGCUGAGAGUGGUGGUGAGAGCGAGGGGGAUGAUAAGGUUGAGGGAGGUAGAGUGAGAGAGAAAGGUGGAGUAGGUGGGAUGGUAGGAGCGUUGGGUGGGGAAAGAGAGAAGGAUUUUGGUGAGAUGUUGCAGGAGGGAAAGAUGAAGGAGAGGUGGAUGAUAGGGAAAAGGGCAAAGGGUGAUGUUACAGACAGUUAUGGUGACCGUGCUGCUAUUGGUGGUGGUGGUGGUGGUGGUGAUGAUGAUGAUGAUGGUGGGAGGAAGGAGAGAGGGAAAGGAGAAAGGGGAGAUGUGAAAGAAGGGGAGCAGCAGGAUAGAGAGGAGAGGGAGACGGAGAAAGGGAGGGGAAGGAAGAGGGAAAGAGAGAGGGGAAGGGAGAGGGAAAGGGAGAGGGAGAGGGAGAGGGAAAGGGAGAGGCAGAAGGAGGGUGGGAGUGACAGUGGGUUGGAAGAUGUCCCACUUGCAAAGAGACUGAUUAUCAGGGAUUUGCACGGUGGCAUUGGUGUGACGGAUAUGGAUGAUGGCAGCCGAGGAUUGACUGGGGAUGGGGGGAGGGAGGAUGGUAGUAGGGAUGGGUUGAGUGAGGAGGAAGGAAGCGAGGGUGACAGGGGCGGAGGUGAAGCAAGUGCAGGCGAGAUGCACCCUCGCUUCCCCACUAGGGAUGAAGGAAGGGAGGGUGACAGGGGCGGAGGUAAAGCAAGUGCAGGCGAGAGGGGUGUGAGCUUGAGGAGCGCAGGUGUGAAAGGGAAAGAAGAUGGAACGACAGGGGAAGAUGAGGGGAUGGAGAUUGAGACUCCCCGACCCAUGCCCGCCCUCCAGACGUUGCUAAGUACCAGCAUACGCAAACCAAGAGCAGCUUUUGAGACAUCUCAGAAGGUGGUGGUGGUAAGUAGCAGCAGCGGCAAACCAAGAGCGGCUUUUGAAACGUGUCAGAAGGUGCUGUUGGUGACUGGCAGUAGUCGUGGUGGCGGGGUGUUGCUGAGGAAUAAGGGGGAAGAAGAGGAAGAAGAGGAGAAGGACGAGGAGGACGGAGACGGAGCAGAGGAGGAAUUUGCGGAGGAAGAGGAAGAAGAGGAGGAUGAGGGAGAGGAAGAGGAAAGCGAGGAGGAGGAGGAGGAAGAAGAAGAGGAAGGGGAGGAGAGUGAAACGGAGGAAGGGAUGCCUCUGGUCCUUCCCCCUUCCUCGCAGGCACUAAGCAGCGGCCAGUGGAAGGAGGUCUCGUUGUCUCUCAACCGCCCGCCUUCCGCUCACUCACAACAGCCCCCUCUCGCUCUAUCGCACCUCCCACAAGCACGCCCCCCUCUUCCUCUCCCUCCCUCGCACCUCCCACGUUCGACAUCCAUCCUCCGACACUCCUCCCCCUCCUUCACACCCUCGAUCCGCCUGGUCUCUUGGGCCAACACAGCUCACCGCCUCUCCUUCCGCUCUGCUCUCCAAACCGAAGCUGCAGCUUUGGCUGCGGAAGGGCUGGAUUCCGAGCCUAGGCAUGAAGCUCGGCCGGAGGUUCGGCACGUGGCUCGGCAGUCUGUGCAGGCUCCGGCCCUGCUUCCCGAGCCUAAUCUGCUUUUGGGGUGUCAGCAGGACGAACCGAAGCUGAGACAAAGAGAGGUAAACGUGCCUGGUGUAGGUCGUGGUUUAAUGUGUGUUGAGAAGGAACGAGGCGAAGUGGAUGGGACAGCUGCGGCGAUUCAGAAGCCCUUGAAGGAGCGUGGUUGUGGUAGAGGUGUUGCAUCUGACAGGAAUGCAGCAAAGCAAGGCUUGGGUAGGGAUCUAAGGCAUGGGGAAUCUAAGCAGGAAGCUGUUGCCAAUCGCAACAGAAAGCUGGGGGUAGUGAGUGCUGCGGUUGCUGUUGCACUGGGGCAGAGGGAAAGCGCAGGAGGGAGGGCGAAAGGGUCAUGUGAUGGGGCAGGAGUGAGGGAGAAGGUAAGAGGUGGAUUGUUUGGAGGUAUUGGGGAGGGAAGGGAAGAGGAGGAUGAGGAUGAGGAGCUAAGGGUGAGUCCUUCAGGAAAGGUUGAGAAAGACAGGGGGGAGGAGAAGAAGGAGAUGAAAGAGGAGGAAGAGGAGGAGGAGGAGGAGAGGAAAGAGGAGGAAGUUGAGGAAGACGAGGAGGAGGAUGGGGAGGAGCGAAAGGCAAGUGCAGUUGGAGGUAGGAAGGUGGGAGGGGAGAAGAGGGAGGAGGAAGGAGGGGAGAAAAGGAAGAAAGAGGGAGGGCAGAAAAGCGAGAAGGAAGGAGGGAAGAAAAGAGAGGUAGCGGGCGAGGAGAAAGAAGAGAAAGUGGGAGGAAAAAUCAGGGAGGACAAAGGGGGUGAGAAGAAGCGCUCUGACUCGAAUAAAACCGCCGCUUUGUUAAGUGCUCAAAAAGGGUCAGAUGCGAAAGCUAGGAAGGUCGGAGUGUACAAGGGUAGCUAUUUGGACUGGGGCGUGGGGGCAAGCGGAAGUAGGGAAAUGGGUACUAAAACGGUAAGUGGGGAUGGCCUGGCUAGUGGUGGUGUGGGGAUGGGUGGUCGGGGGAUGGGUCACGUUGGUGUGGUUGGGGAGAGAAGUGCAGGGGCUGCUGCUAUGGUGAAGGUGCAGGGUGAUGGGAAGAGCUUUGAGGCGCCUCGUGAGAGAACGGCAGGGGCUGCUGCUCUGGUGAAGGUGCGGGGUGAGGGGAAGAGUGCUUUUAUGGCAGCUUUUGAACAGCGGUUGCAGGCGGAGUUUACUGCGAUGCGAAGCGGUGGGGUAGGGUUGGGGAUGCAGGGGAGGGUGGGACAUGAGGCGGGUCUCGAGCAGGACAGAAUCAAGGCAGAAUACGGGGGAGGGAAAUGCAAGAGGGAAGAGGAUGGGAAAGGAGGGGAGAAGCGAGAGGAGGGAGGAGAGGAGAGACGGAAAGGAGGAGUGGAGAGCGGUGGGAUGGGAAGAUGGGGUCCUUCUUAUUAUCACAUGGAACAAAGUGCUUAUAGGAACGGUGCGGGUGCAGAGAGGGGUGUGAUUGUAGGGAGGGGCAAGGAGGAGGGGAAAGGCGAGCAAAUGGAGAAGCGGGAGCAAAUGUCAGAAAGUGGGAGAGGUGGGGAACUACAGUCAGGUGUCGCGACACACAGGAAGGACGAUUGGCGUGAGGAGUGGGUGAGAAGGAAGAUGAGACAGACACAGAUGGAGGUGGAAAAGGAGCGGGAGAGGGAGAGAGAACGAGAGAAGAGGAGAGCGAGGGACGGAGGAGGUGAGGAGAAGGGAAAGCAUAGGAGGAGGAAGGAGAAGAAGAGAAGCAAGAGUAGGCGGUUCGCAGAAUGGUCGUCUGAUGAGUGGAUGGGAGCAGAUGAGGGAGAGGAGAGGGGAGAGGAAGGGAGGUCCGGUGCAGGUUUAUCUGCUAAGAGAGAGGGCGAUUGGGAGGGGGAGAGAGAGCAGGAGAGAGAGCAGGAGGAGGGGAGUGAGAGUGAUUCAAGAGGAGAGAGUAGGGGGAGGAGGAAAUGGAAGAAGAAGAAGAAAAGAAGGAAGGGUGACGGGGAAGAGGGGGGUGGUAGUGGGAGCGAAGAAAGAGAAAGAGACAAAGAGGAGAAGGGCGAAGCCAGCUGGCGCGUUCCUAUUGGCACGGAGCGCCAGCUCAUGCGAUACCUUCAGAAAGCUUCAGCUGGUCCAAUCCACGGUUUAGAAGCUGGUUCUGCUUCUGCUGCUGCGUUUAGAAAAUCGAAGUCUUCUGAAUCGGUUCCGAUCCCACAUGCAGCUGGAGCGAGGAGAAAGAAAAAGUCUGCUGGUGUACAUUCAGGUGGAGCGAGGACAGAGAGGCAGCUUAUUCUGGCUACCAGGCAGGUGGAGGAGCAAUCGGGUGGGCUGUUGGGUCAAGGGAGUGGGGAGGAGGAGGAUGAGGUGGAGAGGGAGGAGGAAGAGGCGGAACAGGAGGAGGAAGAUUAUGCGAUGAGGGAUGAGGGUGAUGUGAAGAGAGAGGAAGGAGUUGGUUUUGAGAGGGAGCUGGAGGGGAGGGUUUCUGCGCUCAGUGAUGGUCAUGGGGAGGGUGCGGGAAUGCAUUGGGGAAUGGAGGACGAAGAGGAAGAGGAGGAGAGGAGGAAAAUGCGGAAGAAACAGAAGCUUGAUGAGGGGGGCUGGGAGGAGAGGCAGGAGAGGAAGGAGCGGAGGGAGCAGGAGAAGAGGGAGAAGAGGGAGAAGAGGGAGAAGAAAGAGAAGGAGAAGAAGGAAAGGGAGAGGAAGCGGAGGGAGAGGUCGACAUGUGCGCGCGUGGAGUGGGGCGGAUGGGAGUGGAGAGAGCACGUGAAGCAAGCAGCGCAGAGAGAGGCACUAAAGCAGCGCGCCGAGGCGUACUAUAAAGGGGAUAGAGGCGAGGGCGCGGGAGAAUGGGAAGCAGACGGCUCAGGGCCGGGCGCAGGAGCGUCCAUGCGCACUCCUCGCAUGCUCUCCCGGGCUAAUCUUUCCCAAGCCAACCUCCCUGGUUCCUCUUCCCGCCUCCCUCUGUUUGCCUCUGGUGGGGGUGGUGGAGUGGGGUCGCUAGGAGGAGGAGGAGCAGCAGCAGGGGAGGAAGCAUGGGAGGGGAUGGGCGCAGGCACUAGCAUGGGGAGUGGUUCUCUUACUCUAAUAGGCAGUGCCCGGAGCAGCAGGGCGCUGCUGAGGCAGCUAGCGGUGGGUUCAGAGGGGUUGGAAGGGGUGAGGUUCAAGCAGCUGAAGGGGAGGAAGAAGAACCUGAAGCUGGUGCGGAGUCGGAUACACGGAUGGGGGCUGCUGUCCCUGGAGCGGAUCGAAGCAGGGGAUUUCAUCAUCGAGUAUACCGGGACGAUUAUCCGGCGAUCGGUGAGUGCUGGGAUGAUCGGUGAGUGCUGGGAUGAUCGGUGGACGCCACUCGCAGCGGCGGCCUCGCUCGUUUCAUCAGCCAUUCAAAGCUUCCCCUGCCCACUCCCCUGCUUUGCGUUAUCCUGCUCUGCUCCCCACCCUUGCUCAUUUGCUCAGGUGGACGCCACUCGCAGCGGCGGCCUCGCUCGUUUCAUCAACCACUCAUGUGAUCCCAACUGUUACACCAAGGUGAUAGUAGCAGACGGGCAGAAGCACGUGGUGAUCUACUCCAAGAGGGUCAUUCAAGUGGGGGAGGAGCUCAGCUACGACUACAAGUUCCCCAUUGAGGACGACGCUAAGAUCCCCUGCCUCUGCUUGUCUAGAAAUUACGACUACAAGUUCCCCAUUGAGGACGAUGCCAAGAUCCUCUGCCUCUGCCUCUCCAGAAAAUGUUGA